AUGACGUCGGCUUGCUGUCCCGUGGGCUCUCUGCCCUACCUCGCGGCCACACACACCGCCACCGGCCGCGUCGUCGACCUGGGCGCCGUCGAGCUGUACGCAAACACGACAAACGGCACAAACGGCAUCCUCAUCUGCCCAGACGUGUGGGGGUGGAACGGCGGCCGCGUCCGCGCCAUCGCCGACGGCCUCUCAGAGCAGGGCUACAAGGUGGCGGUCGGCAAGUUUCUGGCGCCGGCGCUGGAUGGUGGCACCGACGGAGAUGCUCUGCCUCCCGACGGCGACUUCAGCAUGGACUGGAUCAAGCAGUUUCCGUGGGAGACGCAGCGGCCCAAGGUGGAGGCGGCGCUGGGCUUCCUCAAGGCAGAGGGCUGCAGCAAGAUCGGCGUGCUUGGCUUCUGCUACGGCGGCCACCCCGCGUGUUGGGCGUCGACCGUCGAGCCGAGCGUCGUCUGCGGCGUGGUCUUGCACCCGUCCAUGCAGCUGGAGGGCUUCGCCUUUGGCGGCGACACGGCGGCGCUGCUCAAGUCGGUGCGUUGCCCGUUCCUGCUCGCGCCCGCGGGCAACGACUUGCCGAUGUGGUCCGCCUGCGGCGAGUUUGGCGAGGCGCUCAAGGCGAGCGCCAAGGGCGCCGACUGCGUGUUCAAGGAGUUCCCGGACAUGUCGCACGGCUGGUCGUGCCGCGGCGACCUGGCCGACGAGAAGGUCAGGCGCGACGUAGAGGCGGUGAUGAAGGAUGCGAUCGGCUUCUUUGCGAAGUACGUGCUGGCGUAG